AUGUCUUUGCUCAGUUUCCCCCGUCGACACCGCUCGCUGCUUUGGUAUCGCAGCGCACAACGAGCUCUGGCACGGCGGCAACAGCGCCAGCUUCAACAGCAGCCGCAUACCAAGAUAUAUCGCACUCCUAUCCCCAGCAGAAUAUUGACCGCACCCACCACUACCAGUGCCGUCGUGGCGCUCGCUAAGCAGUCCCGCUCCACGGGGUCACUCGCUAAGAAUACGGUUGUCCACUCGGCAAAUACUGCCCCCGACCCCACGUCGUCUGCGGUAGCUGUGGCUGCAGUAGCCGCUGCGACAGUUUCUACGAGCGAAGACAGCACGAACGCCACGGCGACCCUGAUGUCGCGCCAAUUACCCCAUCCCGCGGAAACCGUGAUGACCUUGGCCACCGCGAAGGAGGCUAUCACAAGCGGCGCGUCGCUGGAGCUGUCGGCGGACCGAUCAGACAAGCCGCAGCCACAAGAGUCGUCAUGGAGCGCUAUGCUCAUUGCUUUGUUCGCCAUGAUUCAACCGAAGUGGACAAAGGAAAAAUUGAAACUCGACGAGAUCCCAUUUGAGGAGAUCCCCGUCACGUCUGUGCCGUCACAGGUCUCGGAAGUUCUUCCAAGCAGGGGAACUGCUCUAUUUUGGCGCUACGAUAUGGACAGCUAUGCAGCAAACUGCAAGAAUGAAGACAGGUCGCAGUACGUGCUGGAUUCGAUUGUGCGUCCAGGCAGAUGCACAGAGACUCCCGUAUUCUUUUGCGGGUGUUAUGACGGGCACGGCGGCGAAGAGGCGGUCGAUUAUGUUCAAAAGAAACUUUACAGUAACAUCCGCUCUCAUUUAACUGGAAAUGACGAGCCCGUGGUGCACUCCAUCAUUAUGGGUUUUAAGGACACGGAGGAGGAGUUCAAACGCCGGAGCCAGAUCAAGUUCGAACAGGGCUCUUGGUCGUCGUGCUCGGUAGGUGCGUGCGCAGUGAUGGCGCUAGUCAUUGAGAAGAAGUUGUACGUUGCAAGCUGCGGCGAUUGCCGUGCCAUCAUGGCGUAUCGCGAAUCCGACGGAUCCCUCAGCGUUGAACAGAUUACAUUUGACCAUUCAGCAAACGAGGAACGAGAACAGCGGCGUCUUCGUGUGUUGUACCCAGAGGACUACGACAUUGUGUGCGAGAUUGGACAUAACAACUUCUACGUCAAAGGUCGACUUCAGCCCACUCGCUCUAUUGGAGAUACCUAUAUGAAGGUGAAGGAUGUGAACCGUUACCCCAUGCCGCGCGGUCUGCGAAUCCGUGGCAGCUUUCGUCGACCCUACAUUUCCGCUGUCCCUGACAUUUUUCAAGUCGACCUUCAAGAUCGAAAGCCUGAGUUCGUUGUUCUUGGGUCGGAUGGCCUCUUUGGCGAGCUGAAGAACGAGGAGAUUGUGCAGCUUGUUGAUUUGUUCCGGGACCAGGGCGUGCAGAAUGUAAGCCAGGCGCUGCGCGAAACGGUGCUGGAACGCAUCGCAGAUAUUUACGGCACGACAGCGGAUGAUCUGGAAAACGUGCUGCCGGGGAAGCGGCGAGACUUCCACGACGACAUCACAAUCGACGUGCUGCACUUUGCUCCGCCGCGCACCGCAACACUGGCGAAGGCGGCGUGA